GAGUCUGAGGGCACAGCCUGCAGGAGGCGUUGGAAGGGGACUGGUUCCUGGUCAUGCCCGGUGGAAGGAGGGGACCCAGCCGGCAGCAGCUAAGCCGUUCAGCUUUGCCUUCUCUUCAGACGCUGGUUGGAGGGAACUGUGGAAACGGUACUGGCUUGAGAAACAGGAAUGGUAGUGCCAUCAGCCUCUCCGCGCCUCUCAUCACCGCGCUGAUUACCCCCGAGCCCGUGCGUCACUGCCGCAUCCCUGAUCUGCCCUUGGAUGGCAGCCUCCUCUUCGAGUUCCUGUUUUUCAUCUACCUGCUGGUAGCCCUCUUCAUUCAGUACAUUAACAUCUACAAGACCGUCUGGUGGUACCCAUACAACCACCCUGCUUCCUGCACCUCGCUGAAUUUUCACCUCAUUGACUACCACCUGGCGGCAUUCAUCACAGUGAUGCUAGCACGGAGGCUGGUGUGGGCCCUCAUCUCUGAGGCCUCUCAGGUGGGUGCAACCUCAGUGGUUCACUACAUGGUGCGCCUUGUGCUGCUCACCGUCUGCGGAUGGGUGCUCUGCUGGACUUUGGUCAACCUCUUCCGCAGCCAUUCCGUUCUCAACCUUCUCUUCCUGGGCUACCCGUUUGGUGUCUAUGUUCCUCUGUGCUGCUUCCACCAGGACAGCAGAGCACAGCCCCUCCCUGCAGACUGUGAUUACAUGGUACAGGACCAGAUGGUGGACGAUGGGGCUUCAGCUGUCAGCAGCCUGGUCAAACCCAAAGAUUUCCUCUCGCUUCUGUGGGAGUCCCUGAGAGAUCAGUUCAAUAAUCCCACAUCUAUCCCCACCCACAGCUGCCCCCUCUCCCCAGAUCUCAUCCGCAACGAGGUGGAGUGCCUAAAAGCAGACUUCAACCGCAGGAUCAAGGAAGUUCUCUUCAACUCUCUCUUCAGUGCCUACUACGUGGCCUUCUUGCCACUGUGCUUUGUGAAGAGCACCCAGUACUACGACAUGCGCUGGUCCUGCGAGCACCUCAUCAUGGUGUGGAUUAACGCCUUUGUCAUGCUCACCACCCAGCUGCUGCCUCCCAAGUACUGUGACCUGCUCCACAGAUCAGCUGCCCACCUCGGCAAGUGGCAGAAACUGGAACAUGGUUCCUACAGCAAUGCUCCACAGCAUAUCUGGUCAGAAAACACGAUAUGGCCACAGGGAGUUCUGGUGCGCCGUAGCCGCUGCCUGUACAAAGCAGUUGGGCCUUACAAUGUAGCAGUGCCUUCAGAUGUGUCCCACGCCCGCUUUUAUUUCCUCUUCCACCGUCCGUUACGGCUGCUCAACCUGCUGAUUCUCAUUGAAGGCAGCGUGGUCUGCUACCAGCUCUACUCCCUGCUGCGCUCAGAGAAGUGGAACCACACCCUCUCCAUGGCCCUCAUCCUCUUCUGCAAUUACUACGUCUUAUUUAAGCUCCUCCGGGACCGGAUCGUAUUAGGCAGGGCAUACUCUUACCCGCUCAACAACUACGGACUCAAGGCGCACUAGGGCCGGCC